UGAACCUUGGAUUCAACACACAAUAAUAUGUAUUAACUAAUAGCUGGAAUACACAACUUUUAAAAUCUGAACAGAUUUCUUUUAACUAGAUGUAAUAACACACUAACAAAUCUGCAGACUGGCACAGACUUUCUGCAAGAAGUCCAGACUGAAAAUCUGAGCAAAAGUUUGUAUUUUAGCCUUAAGUCAUCCCUUAACCAUGUCUGUACUACAGUAAACCCAGUUUAACUGUUGUAUUUGUAGUUAAACCAUACCCACAAAUGUACCAUUGUCUCACUACAGUUACCAUGUUCUUACCAUGAUUUUCCACCUAAAAUUAUGCUUAAACUGCGGGUAAUUUUUGGAGGAAGAUAUUAUGUAGUUAAUUUACCAGAUUAUUGCAAUACCUAUCCAUCUUUGUUAUUAAUGAUCCACCAGGUGCUCAGUUUGUGGACUGCUCACUGGGCGACACUCGUUCAGAGGGUGGGCAUAGCGGUGAUGCCAAUAGCAGAUGAGCUUUGGUCAAAUAAAAUGCUGGGAAGCGAGUCAUACAGCAAGAUCAAAGCAGCUGCUACCUACCAGGAGAAAAUGAGAGUGUUGGGUGACGUCUUGCACUCCGGAGGAAACGCUGUUAAAUCUGCUUUUUAUUCUGGACUGGAAAAGCAUGCAGCGUGUCUGCUUAGAGAUCUGAGCCUCAACCCAACUGCUGAAUGUUAUCUAGAAAGUUUAGAUGAAUAUAAGAAGUGGAUCCAGAGGGAAUAUGAGUUUGUGACAGAGUAUAACUCACUGCCUGGUGAACAUGUGCUGCUGUCUGAGCGCUACAUACAGCCUCUGAUCGUAAUGAGACACAGAGAGAAGAAUGAGAGAACACAAGAGUUGUGCUUUAAGGGAGAGGGUUUCCAACAGUUCAUAAGCUCAGAGAAUCAUGCAGAGAAGGGAAACAAUGUCCUGGAUGCUCUUUUCAGUGCAGAUAGUAAGGGAAUCUGCCCUGCUGCUGUCAUUCUUCAGGGAAACUCUGGGAAAGGCAAAUCCUUCACAGCACAAAAGAUCAUGUUGGAUUGGGCAUCUGUAUGUCUCAGCAGAGAAAACUUUGAUUGUGUUUUUCACUUGAAAUGCAAAGAACUGAACCAGAUAUCUGAAGAGCAGAGUUUGGUGGAGAUCUUGAGCUUCAACUCGAAUUUGAAACCCGAUCAGAUCUUGCAGAUCCUGCAGUCGUUACCAAAAAGAGUGCUGGUCCUCAUCGAUGGAUUUGAUGAACUUAAAUUUUCGCUUAGUGACGCAUCCAAAAAGUCGCUACCCAACAAUCUGUCUGAAAAAGCUCCACCUGACGCAUCACUGACGGCCCUGUUGAGAGGUUGCAUUCUGCCAGAAUCUUUCCUGCUGGUCACGUCCAGAUCUACAACCACAGACACUUUGAGCGCUCUGCUUAAGAAACCUCAGCGUUUUACUGAGAUUAUAGGCUUCUCUGAGAGGGAGGUUGAGGAGUAUUUCCAGAAGUUCUUUCAGGAUGAGGAGCUCUUCAGGAAUGCUUAUGAGUCUGUAAAGGCAAAUGAAAAUCUGUUCACUGCCUGUUCCAGUCCUGUUAUCUGCUGGAUCAUCUGCACAGUUAUCAGAGAAAGAUUCAAUGAUGGUGCAGAUGUAACAAACAUAUUGGAAACAACAACAUCCAUAUAUGUUGGCUUUGUGUUCACUCUACUGGAGCAUCACUGUCAGGGAUUGAGUGAGUCUGUACCGACCCUACUGAAGAGUCUGGGUCAACUAGCAGAGAAAGGGUUGCUAGAACGACAAGUUCUGUUUGAUGAGAAAAGUGUGAAAAAAGCAGUUUCAGACCAAUCUGGGAGUCCAUUCCUGGGCAAGUUACUCUUUAAGAAAAGAACCCGACAGGAGACGAUGUUCAGCUUCAUGCAUCUCAGCUUUCAGGAGUUUUUUACUGCUCUUUACUAUGUGCUGGAUGAAAAAGAAUUUGAUUGUAAACUAACAAAGUGGUUCCACUCAGACCUUCCUGAAUAUCAUUUUUUCCCGGUGGUUCAGUUUCUCUGUGGUCUCUGUAAUAAGGAAGUGAGUGGCUUGCUCAAGGAAACACACAACGUAUCUGUCCCACCUUCUGUACAAGCACAGUUGAAGGAAUGGAUCCUUUAUUUCAGACCAACACAUUAUUUGCGCUAUAUUCUCCUAUGUCUCUAUGAGCUUCACGAGAAGGACUUCGUGCAGGAAGCCGUUGAAUCUUGGCAGGAGAUGGACAUGUCUUGGGAAACUCUAAGCAGGACUGACUGCUGGACGUUGGUGUAUUGCCUUGAGUGUUGUCCUCACUUCAGAAGACUGAAUCUUAGUUUUGCAGCAGAAGAGUUGAAGAUGCUUCAGUCUGUGCUGUGCAGAACUCCAGAACUAAAGCUGGAUGUCCAAAACCUUGCGGACACAGAUGUUUCUGAUUUGAUCUCAGCUCUUGGAGAAGAGAAGUUACUGAGAGCAUUGCGACUAGACAGCAAAGGUCUAUCAGAUCAAAGUGUUCGGCAGAUUCUUCAUGCUCUACACAAACAGAAGACUGUGGGUGGACUUCAGAUUGCCGUGAAGAACAUCUCAGCUGACACUGUCCUCCUCCUGACAGACUUCAUACAGAACAUAGAGAAAUGGGAUGAGAUCGGUUUAUGGACAAAUACAGAUUGCACGAAUCCAGAGAGUCUCUGCUCAGGUUUACAACUUUUUAACACAGAUGGAAUAUUUGCGUUGCAUGCGGUGUGGUUGUGUUUAACGCCACAGAAAGCACCAUCACUGUCUGAAAUCAUUUUGAGAUAUCCACAUUCAGAGAAGUCCAGUAUGAAUCUGAAGAACUUCUUACAAGACUUCCAUGAUAUAAACUGCUUAACGGAAGAAAGUGCAGGUUUUGAUCAACUGGUGAAUUCUCUGUUGUCUCCUUUCUUCUCUUUGUCUGAGUUGACUGUGAUAGUUUCUGCUCCUCUCCUGACUGAGAAAUGGGCGUCCAGAAUUAUCUUCCUCAUUCAGUCCUGCAGCAGCAGUCUGUUAUUAUGCGUGAUAUUUAAAGCUGGUUUUCUGAGCUCUGAUGGUGCAAAUUGGCUUCCUGGUCUUUUAAUGGAGGAGGGAAUCAGAUUGCUGCAAGAGUUCCCUAAACAUCCUUGUUGUACUCAAGUCAUUGAAGGACUCAGAUGCUGUAAAUCCACUGGCUGCCCUCACCAGACUGAUAAGAUAAAAGAAAUCGACUGCAACCAGAGUGUGGACAUUGUUAUCAGUAGGGCAAACUGUACAGAAGACUGUUCUGAUCAGGAGUCCACUUAAAAACGGGCAGUAACUUUGUUGAAUUUAUGUGAUAUGUUGUUAUUUUAAAAGAAUGUGUGUUGUGAUGUCACAAGGCGUGUAUGAUCUUAUAUCAGCCCUAUUGGAACGAUAGACAGAUUCAUCUAAUAAGAUAAAAAAAUCAUAAACUGUUGUGCCCUAUAAAAUGCAAUAAUUAUAUCUGCCAAAAUAGUGUCUGAAAAAACAUGAAUACUGAUAUUUGUAAUAAUAUUUUGGACAAUACUUUACAUUGUUGGCUAUUUUUUUGUAAUAUAAGAUCAUUUAGAGUUCCUCUGAUAUCCUUUGUAUUUUUGUAAUUGUGAUAAUGUUUAUAUUGAUUAUUUAUUAAAAAAAUGAACCGGCAGAGAACAGAGACCAGGGGCCGUUUCAAAAAGGAUGUUUAGUGAAAACUCUACUUAUAUAUUAGUAUAUAAGUAUAUUAACCCUCACUGUAAAAAAAAAACACUGAAAAAAACGAGCAAAUGCAUGGCAGCACAGGGUGCCAAACGUUUGCCAUUAAUGAAAAUAACGGUAAAACCCCAUGAACUGA